UUUUCCAGAGCGUCUUGUGAUUGUUGACGACUGUAUCUCGCAUGAAGAGGAUCAUUGGGUCCAAGUUGCACCAUGGAAGUAGCAACAAACGAUUGCUGCGAACUUGGACGUUGCCUCUGAAAGCCAUUGUUAUCCGAGUAGAUACCUCCACGUGAGUCACCAGAUUCAACCAUCAUUAAUUGCUGCUGUCUUGAUGGCCCGCCUACAAGGGCAGCAUUUUCAUCAUCUUGGCUCCAUUGUGCGUACUGUGCUCCUGUAGCACCUGAGUGCUCUGAUUGAUAACUAUACCGAUUACUACCCAUGAGACCUGGCAUGAUCGGUGGCGUGUACCUGAGAGAUGACUGGGAGGUGUUGGGCCGGUUAGAGGCAAAGAUAGCAUCUGUUCCUGCGGCUCUCGAUGAAGCAGAUUCUGACCCUCCCACAGGAUCCUCAAGAGAAAGGGCCAAGAAGCUCAAAGGUCGUUUUGAAUCAAACCGCCGAUGCUUCCGGAAUCUGAAGAAGAAAAACACACCAGCUGUGAUCAAUACAGCAAGACCUAGCACUGAUCCCAAGACGAUGGGUAGUACUGAAGGUCCUGAUGAUGUAUCGUCAGGAUUGGUAGAAGUGGCCGUAGGCGAGGUACCUGCCUUUGAAGAGUUUGAAACCGAUGGCAGGCUGGAGGAUCCAGUAGGUUUUGAAGACCUUCCAGAUGAGCGUGAUGGUUUUGAAUCACGCGAGGAGCCCUCUGUUGGUUCUGAUGGUGAAUCAGUUAAACUUGAAGGCUCUUCCUCGUCUAUUGAUGUAGUUUUCUCUGUAGGUUUGGUGGUAACGGGCGGCGAAGGUGCAGGUGUGGUCUUUUCAGUGGGAGGAGUGGUGGUUGGAGGAGAUGGAGGGUCUGUAGUAGCAGGUGAAGUUGGCUGUGGUUCGGGUGAUGGAGAUGGGGCAGGGGCAGGCUCGCCAGUUGUGAGUACAGCACCAGGUACUCCACCAUCCUGAGGAGCACGCUUUUCGAGGGCAAAUAAGACGUGCUUACGAUAGAGCUAUUUCAAACCGGAAAAAAUGGAGGGGUAGAAUAUGUCAAUGGCGAUCUGUCUCUCUGGCCGUUGCGUAUUCUUUUGUGGUCUC